GCGACAGACGACCAUCGGUUGCUGGAAUGUGAGGACCAUGGCAGAAGCAACACGGGCAGGGCAGGUAGCCAAGGAGAUGUUGGACUAUGGAAUUGAAGUGCUAGGGAUAAGUGAGGCCAGAUGGAAAGGGAUGGGAUCAGUAACACUACAGAGUGGUGAGACAGUGGUAUACUCAGGAGAUGACGAGGUGCACCAGGGAGGAGUAGCCAUCAUGAUGAGUGCGAGAGCAAAGAGAGCCUUGAUGGAAUGGACGCCGAUUAGCAAAAGAAUCAUCACAGCACGAUUCUACUCAAAAUACAAAAAGCUGACAGUAAUACAAGCAUAUGCACCAACAAAUGAUGCGGUGGACGAGGAAAAAGACGAAUUUUACAAUCAGCUGCAGGACACUGUUUCAAGCUGCAACAGACAUGAUAUGAUUGUGGUGAUGGGCGAUAUGAAUGCCAAAGUGGUUGAAAUGGCAGAGGUCAAUGACAUAAGCUGCGAGGUACGACGAAGAAGGUGGAACUGGUUGGGACACAUACUCAGGAGAGAGGGUGCAAACGACUGCUUCACAGCAUUAGGAUGGACACCAGAAAGUCGAAGAGCGAGAGGGAGGCCAAAGGCAACUUGGAGAAGGACGGUGGAGAAGGAAAGAAACAAGGCGGGGUGGAAGAGCUGGGAAGUGGCCAAAGCGGUGGCACGGAACAGGGAGUGUUGGUCGGAAAGCGUGACGGCCUUUUGCGCCUACUGGCGCGAAGAGAAAUGAUGAUGAUGAUGAUGAUGAUGAUGACGCGUACGUAGAUGGGCCUAUCAUGACACAUUUAACUGGAUCGAAGACACGGCUAUCUCCAUUGACCGUAAUGGGUGUUCCGCGAGUCCAGCUCACCGUUGGAAAUCUCGGUGUCGCAAAACAGCACGAACGUUAACUUCUGGAUAUAUGGCCAGAAUUGUAACUAUAAGCCCUUCGUGUCCCAUCCAGCGAGAGAAAUCCACCAACAGUCGAACCCCAACCAAUGGCUUCUCCUCAAACAAAAUUCCGCGGAACAUGGCACAACGGGACUUACACUUUGGGAAUUAGCGGAAGCUGAGACCAGUCGUGGAAAGGUUCGAUGAUUCUAUUGCUUCCAGAAAGAAACUAGCCUGAGCGAAAAUCCUCUUAACCAGCGGGCGUUUUGAGAGAAGUGAAAGCCGAAUGAAUGCACCCCCAGAGGAAGAGAUUGCGCAAACAAAUGAAGAGAGCGAAACCUACUACCAAGAACAGGAUUGCUCAACCUUCGCAAUUAACGAAGAGACGAAGUGGCGUUUAAACCCUACCACGCCGAAUUGUGCAAGAGAAGUCAUUCGUUGCCUCUCACUCCAUGUUAAUUGGACGCUGGCAUUCUAUGCGCAACUCAAGACUUUGGCGAUCAGAUGAUCUAGCAAGAGAAACCAAAUUCCCGAUUAUUUUACCGAAGACGGAAAUAUCCCGUAACACAGUUAAUCGUCAAGCG